AUGGCCCAACCAGAUGUCCCUACCCAGCUGGAUGCCUUGGCUCAGGAGCUGAAGGAUGCUGCCAACGGCAUCCGCGCCGGGACCCUCUCCUUGGAGACGGGCGCGCGCUUCAAGGUGCUCGAGGCCGCCAGGGCUGUCAUAGGCGCCGUCGAGGCCCCCACGGAUCUCCUGAUGCAAUGGGUACCAUCCGUGACCCAGCUCACAGCCGUCCGUCUCUUCAACCAGUGGAAGGUGUUCGACGCCAUCCCGACCGAGUCCGGGUCGUCCAUCUCGUACAAGGAGCUCGCCGAGAAGGUGAACGCCGAUGUGAUCCUUCUAGUCCGCCUGGCCUGGAUCCUGGUUGCCACGGGCGUUUUGGAACAGAUCGGCACGGACCGGAUAGCGCACACGCGCAAGUCCAAGAUCUACAUCGGCACCAACCCCGUCACGGCCAUGGUGCGGCUGAUCUUCGACGACAACAUGCCGUCGUUCAUGGCCAUGCCAAAGUACUUUGACAAGUUCGGGCUCAAGGAGCCCACGGGCCGCCUCGACACGGUGGUGGCCUUCGCCUUCGACCAGGUCGGCAAGUCGGCGUACGAGGUGAUGCUCGACACGCCCGAGCGCACGGCCAACUUCAUGCUGGCCAUGCAGUCGCUCGAGGUCGAGUACCCCUUCCUGGGCACCUACGACCUGAGCUGGGCCGUGCCCGCGGCCGGCGACACCAGCGACCGGCCCCUCGUCGUCGACGUCGGCGGCGGCAAGGGCCAGUCCAUCAAGGCCAUCGUCAAGGCCACACCCGGCCUCCCCGUCAGCCGCUGCGUCGUCGAGGACCUGCCUGACGUCGUCGCCGAGGCAAAGACCAUCGACGACCCCGAGCUCGCCGGUGUCUCCUACGUCGGCAUGGACUUUCACGCCGAGCAGCCGGUGAAAGGCGCGCUGGUGUACUUCAUCCGGCGGUGCCUGCACAACUACGGCGACGACGACAGCGUGGCCAUCCUGAAGAAGAUCGCCGACGCCAUGGCGCCCGACAGCCGCCUGCUGAUCGUCGAGCAGGUCAUGACCAACCCGCCCAACCACUACUCGUCGGGCUUCGACAUAUUCAUGUCCACCAUCGGCGGCAAGGAGCGCACCUACGACAUCUUUGAGGACAUUGCGGCCCGCGCCGGGCUCAAGAUCCUGUCCCUGUCCCGCAACCCGGGUAAUGAUGUUGGGACUGUGGAGUGUGUCAAGGCUUGA